AUGUUUGAGGCAAAUAGAACUCAAAACAUCAUACAACUUUAUGUUGGUGAGAUCCCUGAAGAAGAUUUGCAUGCUGAUAGAACUGUUGCAGAGGAUAAUAUUGAGGUUAAUGGUAAACAAAAUCUAAAUCCUAAUGCUGAUCAACCCCAAAAUGAUGAGGCCGAAAGUGAUGCUUCAGAUGCUUCACAGGAAGGUGAUAGGGAUGGUUGUAGGGAAGUUGAAUAUGACUCUGACUUUGAUUUUUUCCUAGAUGGGGAUGAUUUAAAUGAUGCAUGUGACCCUAUAGAUGAUGUAGAGAGGGAUGGUGGUGAAGUAGAUUGUCACCUAAAACAGACUGAUUAUGCUAAGUAUGUGGCACUGAUUAGUGAAGAAUAUAAUGCAUACCUUAACUCCAAAGGUCAUGGAAAACUGGUCGAUGAUGAAGAUGUUAGUGAUGAUGAAAUACUUAAACCAGUUUAUGAUUCAAAUGAUGAAGGCAUGGAGCAUGAAUUUCCUGAGUUUAACAUGGAAAGGGAUCUAAAAAAUCCUGAAUUGACUGUAGGCAGAAUUUUUAGCAAUAUUUAUGAUUUUAGAGCUGCAGUUAGAAUGUAUUCAAUUUUGAAUGGGUUUGAAGUUACCUUCACUAAGAAUGACAAAGAUAAAGCUGUGGUUAUAUGUUCAAAUAAAUGUGGAUGGAGAAUAUAUGCUAGUGGCUAUAAUGGAAGCAAAGUUACACUUCAAGUGAAGUCCAUUAAAGGCGUACCUCAUAGAUGUCCAUGGUCUUUCAAGAACAAGAGUGCAAAUUCUAGGUGGCUGUCUAGGAUGUUUAUGGAGGAGAUUGCUGACCAUCCGGAUAUGAAAGUAAAAGGGUUCAAGAAGAGCAUAAAAAGGAAGUAUAACCUGAACUGUACAAACUCUCAAAUGUAUAGAGCAAGAGAGAAAGCAGAGGAAGCAGUGAAAGGGUCAUGUGCAAAGCAGUAUGCAAGAUUAAGAGACUAUUGUGCUACACUUUUACAAAGAAAUCCAGGUUCAGUGGCAUUUAUUGUAACUGAAAAGUCCAAUAUUUGUAAAAGUCCAAUCUUCAAGAGAAUGUUUGUGAUGUUUACUGCACAAAAAGAAGGUUUUGUAAAUGCAUGUAGGCCUGUAAUAGGACUGGAUGCAUGUCACCUUAAGGGGAUCAUGGGAGGACAGCUUAUGUCUGCAAUUGGUAGGGAUGCUAAUAACCAGAUGUUCCCAAUUGCUAUGGCACUUGUUGAAUCUGAAUGCAAAGAUAGUUGGGGGUGGUUUUUGGACAGCCUUACUGAUGCCAUUGGCACUCCAAUUGAAAGGGGUUGGGUGUUUCUAUCAGAUAGACAAAAGGGAUUAAUUGAUUGCAUUGAGAAUAAGUAUCCUGGAGUGGAGCAUCGAUUCUGUGUUAGACACAUGUAUGCUAAUUUCAAACUGAAAUUCAAGGAUAAGCACCUAAGAGAUUUAAUGUGGGGGGCAGCCAGGGCUUAUUUACCCUGUCAUUAUGAAAGCAAAAUGAGAGAGUUACAUUUAGUAGCCCCAGAAGCACAUGCAUGGCUUAGUUCCAUACCAGCUAACCUAUGGGCCAGACACACCUUUUCUCCAAGGACAAAAUGUGACCUUUUAAGUAAUAAUAUAUGUGAGAGCUUCAAUCAAUACAUUAAGGAUGCUAGGGAAGAGCCUAUUUUGACUAUGUUUGAGGCCAUUCGAAGACAGAUUAUGUGCAGAUUUCAAGAAAAAAGAGACUGGAUUCAGAAGGUGAAGUCUCAUAUUUGUCCGAGGAUCUGUCAGAAAAUUGAAGAGAGGAAAAAACAGGUAGCUCAGUUUGAUGCACUUGUGUCUACAAGAGAGGUGUAUGAGGUGACUGGUAUAGUAGGAACUUUUGCUGUUAAUGCAGUUCAAAGGUCUUGCACAUGUAAUGAGUGGGAUAUGACAGGAAUUCCAUGUGUCCAUGCAUGUGCUGGACUUGUGCAAGACAACAAAGAUCCAUAUGCAUAUGUUGAUAAUUGCUACUCAGUAGAAACAUAUGUAAAGGCAUAUGCUGGUGUUAUUAUGCCUAUGCCAGACCAAACAAAUUGGGUGAAUGCUAGCAGUGAUACAUUACUCCCACCUCGUAGGAAGAUAGCUCCAGGCAGGCCUAAGAAAGUUAGAAAAAAGGCUCCAUUGGAGGACUUACAUGUUGGAAAACUAUCUAAAGUAGGGCUGCCAAUUCACUGCAGUCAUUGUGGUCAUACUGACCACAAUGCCAGAAGUUGCAAGGUCACUGGUUGUUCAUUUGUGAGGCAAAGAAAAUCAGUGACUGCACAGGGCCUACUAAACGAGGGAGAGGAGCUGGUAGAGGCCACUCUACAAAUGCUGAUGCUGAUGUUGAGAGAAAUACUGAUGCUGAUGUUGUGCAAAAUGCUGAUGUGA